AUGCCUCAGAAGUUUAUUCUGGAAGUGGAACUCUUUGAUAUAUGGGGAAUUGACUUCAUGGGCCCUUUCUCUCCUUGCUACACAUUCAAAUACAUCUUGGUGGCGGUAGAAUAUGUUUUAAAAUGGGUGGAGGCUAUAGCCACCACUACAUGUGAUACCAAUGUGGUUUUGAAAUUUCUCAGAAGAAAUAUCUUCACUAGGUUUGGAGUACCAAAGGGACUUAUAAGUGAUGGAGGGAGCCAUUUUUGCAACAAACACCUGAACACCCUCCUUCAUAAAUAUGGAAUGACUCAUAAGGUGGCUACACCUUAUCACCCACAGACAAAUGGCCAAGCUGAGCUUGCAAACAGAGAGCUAAAGAAGAUUUUGGAGAAAACAUUAGUAUAUGGUAAAGCCUGCCAUCUUCCUGUGGAGCUUGAACAUAAAGCUUUCUGGGCCACUAAGCUCCUCAACCUUGACUCUCAAGCAGCAGGGGAGAAAAGAUUGUUGCAGCUCAAUGAGUUAGAAGAAUUCAGACUUGAAGCAUAUGAGAAUGCCAGAAUAUACAAGGAAAGACCAAAGAAAUGGCAUGACAAGAAGAUCACAAGAAAAGAAUUUGAGCCAGGGCAACAUGUGUUAUUAUACAACUUUAGACUCAAGAAUUUUCCUGGGAAACCCAAGUCUAAAUGGACUGGACCCUAUCUGGUAACCAAGGUUUCUCCAUAUGGAAGCCUUGAACUUUUGAAUGAAGCUACAAAGGAUACAUUCACAGCUAAUUGUCACAGAGCCAAACAUUACCUGGGAGGAUUGUGGAACAAAGAAAAGAGCAUUCAGGAGCUGGGAUGA